UGGAGAGAGAGUAGAGGGAAAAAAAAAACAUUUCCCCCCUUCUUCGGUUUUCACAUGAGAGUAUGAAAGCUACGGAGAUAGAUUUUAAUGGCGAAGAAUAGAAUGAAGAUAUUGUUUUUGGGUAGAAGAUUGUAAAAUCAGUAUAAAGGAAUCCUUUCGCAGUUCUUGUAGUUCUUCUCCGUUUUGGGCUAUGAAGCAGCAUGCAAAUUAUGUAAUAUUAAUUCGGAAGUUUCGUUUUCAUUUCCCAUUUCUCUACUUACAUUUCUUCUAUGAAUCUUGUUCACUAGGGUUCCAUUCGAUUCAGUUUCUAUUUAAGUUUCCCAGAAUCUCCCUUGAACAGAAUUGUUAAGAGUGGUGAGAAACCGAUUUGCGUAAUGGGUUUGUAACUGUUUCUGCGUUGGUUGAGGAAGUUGAGCGGCUCAUGUGUGAGAUCGGUUGGGUUUCUCUGUAAUUCUCGUUUUGGGGUCUCUUUUGUGCUUGUGCCUCUCUCGCAUUGACGAUGUUUGUUUGGUGUAGGAUCUGCGAAGUGCUGGUAAGUUGGUGCCGACAUUGAUGAAUCACUGGCUGGAGACUCUUUUUAUUCUUCGUUUUCUUUGGUUUGCCAGAUUCUUUUAGAGUAAUAGCUUUUACUCGAAAAUGUUGCUGUGUAGAAGACUUUAAGUGCUUGUUGAUUGGUAAAGCGGGCUCAAUUAACAUUGGAUCUAUAAGGAUUUCGAAUUGAUUCUUUGGUAAAAUUAGCUGUGCUUUUUACCUGAAUCCGGAGCUAUAUUGGUCGAUUGGUGGGUGACUUUAUGGUCCGGAUUUUCUUAGUUGGAAUGUACGAUCGGGUUUCUUUCGUUGUGGGUUUUGUUCAAUUUAUAUUUAUGAGUUGCAAAUGUCAGUUUGGAAGGAUAUUCAAUAGGUUUUCUAGAUUUCUGUGACUGGUUACAGUUUUCCAAGUGGUUCCUAAGGAUGAGAAGACCCAAAACUGAUCCUUCUGGUGGGAGAAGGCUCAAAUUGUCCCAUUUUUUGCUGGGUACGGCGGCAUUGUACUUGGUUUUUAUAGCCUUCAAGUUCCCUCAGUUGUUAGAGAUUGCUUCUGUGUUCAGUGGGGAUGACAGUCUUGUUGGUCUGGAUGGAUCAGCAGUGGGUGAUGAAGAUGGGGAUAUCAGCAAACCCUUCUUUAGUUCUGUUUACAAGGAUACUUUUCACCGGAGGUUGGAAAAUAAUGAAUACCAGAAUGCACCACUAAUGCCUUGGAAGGGGCUAUUCCAGGAUGAAACUAGCAAUUCUCCACCUGGCAAGCCACUUCGGCACCGCUAUGAUCAUUUAACAGGUUAUACUUUGAGGCGAAGGAAUAAGACAAUGGGUCUGUCUCCACUGGAGAAAAUGGCUGAUGAGGCUUGGACUCUAGGCCAGAAAGCAUGGGCAGAAGUAGAGAAAAUGGAUCCUGAAGAAGCUAAUCCAGGUUCUGUACUUGAGGGGAAACCUGAGUCAUGUCCUUCAUCUGUAUCUGUGAAUAGAGAAGAACUUGAGAGGGGGGACAAUAUCAUGUUUCUUCCUUGUGGUCUUGCAGCAGGUUCUUCUAUAACAUUGGUGGGGACACCCCAUGCUCCUCAUCAGGAGUAUGUACCUCAGCUUGCAAAAUUUAGACGUGGAAAUUCUAUGGUAUGGGUUUCACAAUUUAUGGUUGAACUGCAAGGGCUCAAGGCAGUUGAUGGGGAGGAUCCACCAAAGAUUCUGCAUUUGAAUCCACGGUUGAAAGGAGACUGGAGCCAUUGGCCAGUCAUUGAACACAAUACAUGUUACAGGAUGCAGUGGGGUUCAGCUCAAAGGUGUAAUGGUUUACCGUCAGGCAACGAUGAUGAUAUGUUGAUUGAUGGAUUUGGGAGAUGUGAGAGAUGGAUGCGGAGUGAUAUUGUCGAUACAAAAGAGUCCAAGACAACAUCUUGGUUCAAAAGAUUCAUAGGGCGUAAGCAAAAGCCAGAAGUUACCUGGCCCUUUCCUUUUGCGGAGGGCAGAAUGUUCAUCCUGACUAUCCGAGCUGGUGUGGAAGGAUAUCACAUCAAUGUUGGUGGCCGACAUGUGACUUCAUUUCCUUAUCGAACGGGAUUUACUCUUGAAGAUGCAACAGGAUUAGCAAUUAAAGGUGAUUUGGAUGUGCAUUAUGUGUAUGCAACUUCUCUUCCUACCUCUCAUCCAAGUUUCUCCCUCCAGCGAGUGUUGGAAAUGUCAGAGAAUUGGAAGGCUCAUCCUUUGCCCAAAAGUCCGGUUCAGCUUUUUAUUGGAAUUCUUUCUGCUUCAAAUCACUUUGCAGAGCGCAUGGCAGUUAGAAAAACCUGGAUGCAAUCAUCUGAAAUCAAGUCCUCUAACGUAGUCGUUCGUUUCUUUGUGGCAUUGAAUCCAAGGAAGGAGGUGAAUGCAUUGUUGAAGAAGGAAGCAGCGUAUUUUGGUGAUAUUGUGAUUUUGCCAUUUUUGGAUCGGUAUGAACUUGUCGUAUUUAAAACCAUCGCCAUCUGUGAGUAUGGGGUCCGGAACUUGACUGCUGCAUACAUCAUGAAAUGUGAUGAUGAUACCUUUGUUAGGGUGGACACUGUUUUAAAAGAAAUAAAGGGUUUCUCUCCAAAGAAGUCCCUUUACAUGGGCAAUCUGAACCUCUUGCAUAGGCCUCUCAGACAUGGAAAAUGGGCAGUUACUUUCGAGGAGUGGCCAGAAGCAGUAUAUCCUCCUUAUGCCAAUGGACCUGGAUACAUAAUUUCGAGUGAUAUUGCAAGAUUUAUCGUCUCUCAACAAGCCAAUGCAAGCCUAAGGGUGUUCAAGAUGGAAGAUGUCAGUAUGGGAAUGUGGGUUGGGCAAUUCAACAGUACUACGGCCGUCCAGUACUCCCAUAACUGGAAAUUUUGUCAAUAUGGGUGUUUGCAGGACUACUACACUGCACAUUACCAGUCGCCCAGACAGAUGAUAUGUUUGUGGGAUAAAUUGUCUAGAGGCCGGGCCAACUGUUGCAACUAUAGAUGACAAUGAUUGGUGUGAUCAUUGAAGGCUUCCAAAGCACCAUUUGUCUGCAGAUCAUUGUAACAUUUACACAAAAAGUCUCUUCCACUUCUCCAUGUGUUGAGGUGUGUGCAAAAAUCUUUCAGUUGUUGGAAAAGAGAGUUGUGUUUGGUGUUGUUGAGCCAAAGCUAAAGAAUUAGGUUCUGGCUUAUCUGCAAGUUAGGCCAAAUUGUAAAACUAUACUGUAAAUUGGUUUUGAACAGUUCAAAUUCAAAACUAGCAAGUGAAGAGUGAUCAAUGAGAACCACCUGGAAUUUCAUUCCAUUGCUGAACUUAAUGUGGAUUACAUGAAACUGAUAUUUCAACCAUUAGUAUGAUUGCUUUUGCUGACAAA